ACAUGUGAAGCCUCAGUCCUUAGAUUACCAGCUAACUGUUAAAAGGGAAGGAGCUAAGUAAAGAUAGAUAUAGAUAUAGAUAUAGAUAUAGAUAUAGAUAUAGAUAGAUAUAGAUAUAGAUAUAGAUAGAUAGAUAUAGAUAUAUUUUGAAAUGGAGGCUCGCUCUGUUGCCCAGGCUGGAGUGCAGUGGCGCGAUCUCGGCUCACUGCAACCUCUGCCUCCCGGGUUCAAGCGAUUCCCCUGCCUCAGCCUCCGGAGUAGCUGGGACUACAGGCUCGCACCACCAUGCCCGGCUAAUUUUUUUAUUUUAGUAGAGACGUGGCUUCACCAUGGGUUGGCCAGGAUGGUCGCCAUCUCCUGACCUCGUGAUCCGACCGCCUUGGCCUGUAUCACAAUCCGUUGGGACACUUACUUACAGCGUAGAUUCCCAGAUCAAACCGACAAAAUCCGAAUCUCAGAGCCUUUCGAAGUCAAAGAGCCCCGAUUUGGGAGGUAGGUGAACGGUGACAACCUCGCGAGCGCUCUUGCGGCUCCUUGAGGAAUACUAGAGUGUACCUGGAAGAGUGGUGAAGGAAGCGUUCCUCAAGAUGUCUUUUCCUCAGUGACUGUCAAGCUACGCUUUUAGGAAAAUGGAAUUUCGCUACUCCGUGCGUUUCACACCUUAGAGUGAGGUUGGUAAGUUAGAUUUUCCUCUACUCAUUAAAAAAAAAAAAAGAAGAAGAAGUGGGAGGAGUCCAACUGAAAAGUACAGAGGCGGAGGACAGACUUAGACACCCGUUUUCUAACGGUCCUGUCAGAGGGGCUCGAGCUCUCAGACUGCGUCACCCUCUCGCCGAGGGUCCCCGAGACGGGCGAGGGCUCCUUGCGGCCGGCUCGUCACUCUUCCCGCCUCCCUGCGCCCUCCGCCCAGCUGAGCCUGCGGAGCGCGCGGCCCGGCGGCGUAGCCCCUUUUGGCACCGAGGUUUCCAGGUGCCCAGCGCGAAGGCGGAGCUGGAUUACAGCCGCCUCCUCGGCGCCACAGAGAAGACCCCCCGGGAGUUCGGCGGCCCAGGCGCUCCGGCUCCAGCGUCCCGAGACUCCCCGGGCUCUCCGCGCUCCUCCCUCUCGGCGCGCCCGGCGCAAAGCCUGCGAUUCGCGAGCCGAGCGCAGAGCGCAAGCCGAGUGGCGCACGCUGGGCAGUGGCCUGGGCAACCGGAGCGCAGCCGGAGCCGUCACCGAGCCCGCUGGCCUGCGCACUCCCGGACCAUGACCGCCGAGGGACCUCGCCCGCCCUCCCGGUGGCACAGCCGCCUGCUCGGGCUCUGGGCGGCGGCACUGCUCCUGCUUGGCCUGCCGCGCCUUUCGGUGCGGGCGGAUGGAAAGCUCUUUGUGCUGGAGUCUCAGAAUGGCUCUCAGGGCCUAGUCCUGGAGGCUGCUCGGCUUUCCUGCAAGAGCAGGGGUGCUCACUUGGUGUCUGCAGACGAGCUACGGAGAGUGGUCCAAGAUUGCUCCUUUGCGGUGUGUGCCACUGGCUGGCUAGCAGAUGGCACCCUUGGAACAACCAUGUGUAGCAAAGGAAGUGGAGAACAGCAAAUCAUGAGAGCUGUCGAUGUGAGGAUUGAGAGCAACCCAGUUCCUGGUGGCACGUACAGUGCCCUUUGUAUUAAGGAUGAAGAGAAGCCGUGUGGAGACCCGCCUUCCUUCCCACACACCAUCCUGCAGGGCCGAACCGGCUUGGAGAUGGGGGAUGAACUGCUGUACGUGUGCGCCCCAGGCCACAUCACAGGCCACCGGGAGACCGCCUUCACCUUGCUAUGUAACAGCUGCGGGGAGUGGUACGGCCUGGUGCAGGCCUGUGGAAAAGAUGAGGCUGAGGCACACAUUGACUAUGAAGAUAACUUUCCUGAUGACAGAUCUGUGUCAUUCAGAGAGCUCAUGGAGGAUUCCCGGACAGAGGCAGAAGAGGAUAGGGGUCAGGAGGAAUCCUCUGAGGAGGCUCCAAAACAGGACCAUCUGGUCUCCAUUUCGGUGGGGAGAGAAAACAUCGCCCGAGAUAAAGGCUUUGUGCCAACCACAGGCUUGCCUGAUGCUGGGAGCAGUGUCCCCGCAGACUCGCCAGGAUCGCGGCUGCACCAGAAGCACUUGUUCUGGUUUCCUGCUGAGGCUUUCCACAAGCCUGGGUUGGAAAAGGAGGUAGAUGAUGACACCAAAAAGCAGUUUUCUGCUGGAGAUAACCACAGUGGUAUAAAAUUGGUCCCAGGGGAACCUGAAACCAAGGUGAUCUAUAGCAACACUGAUGGUCCCUCAGGGCCAUUUGUGGGCAAGAAUGACAGCAGCGCAGGGGAUCCAGUGGUGAACAGCAGCGAUGAGUCCUGGUUAGAUGGCUACCCUGUGACAGAUGGGGCUUGGAGGAAGACAGAGGCAGAAGAGGAAGAAGAUGGGGACAGAGGGGUCGGGUCGGUAGGACUGGGUGAAAACAUUCCCAUUACUCCUGAUCAGCCCACUCCCGUGGAAGUUAAACAGCCCUGGAUUGGCACCCUCGCACCAAGCGAGGACACGACCCACAGUUCAGUUCUUCCAUCUCAAAUGCUAGACAUGGAAGCUUUGGCGCUCAGACCCAUGAAUGUGUCCGAGACUGAGAGCAAUGGGGACGGUGACUUGACCAAGUACCAGUCAACUCUACCCUGGAGAUUCACCACAGAGGAGUCUCCCUUGGCCACGCUGCCCUCUGAGCUCACCAGGUCUACCCUGGAGAUAUUAGCAGCCACCACCGUCAAGCAGACGCCUACCCACAUCCCCUCAACGGGCAUGGACACUCAGCCUCCAGUAGAAACCACUGCUCCUGAGGUCCGGGAUAGCUUCCCAUACCUGCUGUCUGAAGACUUCUUGGGACAGGAAGGCCCUGGGCCAGGUGCAAGGGAGGAGCUUCAUCCCACCUUGGAGUCGUGUGUCGGGGACAGCUGUCCUGGCCUCACCAGAGGCCCUGUGAUUGCCACCGUUGUCACCAUCCUGUGCCUGCUGCUACUCCUGGCAGGGGUGGGGGUGGUGUGGGGCUAUCGCAGGCGCCAGCACAAGAGCUCUGUGUACAAGCUGAACGUUGGCCAGCGGCAGGCUCGGCACUACCACCAGCAGAUCGAGAUGGAGAAGGUCUAGGCACCUUUGGAAUGGGCUCUCCCAAAGCUACUUGGGAGGAAAACUAACUGUGGCACAUCACACUGAUAAUUCACUAGAGUAUGACACAGGUGGACUGUGGCUCGUCAUUUUUCCCUCAGCCCUUUGUUCUAUGGGCUGAGAAGUGUCUCUGGAGUACCUGGCAGGGCAGGGGGGCUUUGAUGGCAUUGUCACUCAUGUCAGUGUCUACUCCACCGUGUGCCCUGGAAUUGACUAUACUAAUCUCAGGCCUGUGCUUGGGCCUGGUUUCCAGUGUGAGGUCAAAAAUUGCCUCUUCCUUCAGCACAAUAUUAUCUUUUUUUUGAGACAAAAGUCUCAUACUGUCGCCCAGGCUGGAGUGCGGUGGCGUAAUCUGGGCUCACUGCAACCUCUGCCUCCCAGGUCCAAGCAAUUCUCCUGCUUCAGCCUCCUGAGUACCUGGGAUGACAGAUGUGUGCCACCAUGCCUGGCUAAUUUUUUUGUAUUUUUAGGAGAGACAGUUUCACCAUGUUGGCCAGGCUGAUCUCAAACUCCUGACCUCAAGUUAUCUGCCCUCCUUAGCCUCCCAAAGUGCUGGGAUUCCAGGUGUGCACCACAUCCCAAUAUUACCUUUCUGAAGAAAGAAAAUCACUGGCUUCAUGUCCUGAAAGUUUAUAAAUAGUGAUAAAGCAAGUGUAUGAGAGCAGUGUUAUUGUGGACAUGGAUAUUGAAUUACUGAGAGGAAUAUGGAAGAAGAAUGUUUCCUUUUAGUGUCGUGAUGCUGCUGAGGGCAGAUGAACCAAGAGCCAGGACACAGUCUAGAAGCUUUGAGGUUUCUUUUUCAUUGUUUCUUGAAAUUAGAGAGAAUUUAAGACUGACGUUUUGUUGGGGGAGGUGAGGAGUGAAGAAACACACAUCCCCCUCUAUUCCCGCCAUUCUGCGGGAUGGCCUAUCACUUAUUUUAUGUUAGUUUCCAUCUUUCAUGGUUAAGGAUUUGCCAUUAUUUUUAAAAAACAAAGUUAGCCUUGUACCAGUAAGUACCAUUUCCUCUCAGAAGCAGUGGUCUAGUUGUCCCUGAUCAGUCUGUGCCUAGGAAUGUCUUGGAAUUUUUGCCAGGACUAACAAAACUCAGUCCUUGGUUUCCUCUCUCAGGAUUAACCAUUUCUCUGAACUCCAGUAAGAGGGAAUGACACGGGAGGAAAAAAGACAUGUUUUCAGAGGGCCAAAUACCAGGAUAUCAAGGAUGGGCACAUACUUGAUGGAGAAGCAGAAGAAUCUAUAAGAGAAUAUGAAGUGAUCUGUGCUGAUCUGUUCUCUAGUGUGGAAACUGGGAGCUCUGUGGAAACAGAAUCCAUACUGUCUAUUGGACAACCCAUUUCACAGCAUCUAAAUCAUCUUAUGGUGGCUAGCGAGCAUUGUUUUUGGCAGUGGUUGUCAAAGUGUGGUCCUCAGGCCAGUAGCAUAGCAUCAGAUGGGAAUCUGUUGGAGAUGCAAAUUCUCUAGUCCCGCCCUAGACUCAGGAAACAGGUACCCUGGGAGCAGGGCCCAGUUCUCUGUGUGUUUAACAAGCCCUCCAGGUGAUUUUGAUGGGCACUCAAGUUUGAGAACCUAUUGGUUUCUAAGAACCUCAGAUGUGAACUUCGAGGCCAGCUGGAGCCCUAGUGGCACAGAAGAUGAGUAGCACCUGUGGUUUGUCUUGUGCGGCAGCCAGGCGUGGAUGUGUGCAGCUGAGGUGGCACUGGACACCGCCCAAAGGCCAAUGCCACCUGCAGUAGUCUCCUGUAUGCUGGCACAGAAACGAAACAUGUUCUAUUUUUCUAAUAUGAAUCACCUUCUUGGAAAUAGUUAUCAGUGGUAAGAGGUGAUGUUAGCAAUACAUUGAUUUUGAGACGCCAUAGGAGUCUGUUUUUGCGUGGUACAGAGACAUCCUGAUUUUUUUUUAUGAUUGAAAAAUUGCCAGUGGUGUUUUACCUAAGGAAAAAAGAAUUCACAGCAUGUUUUCCACCCUGCCACCUCUUUUCAGCAAGCUUUGGGAAAAUAAUAGGCGAAGCAGCUGUCAAGAGAGGCAGCAUAAUCAAAGAUCUUAGUCCCCACAGUUGGAAGGCCGAUGCGUCAACGGAGUCGAGAACUAUCGGAAUAAGCUUCCUGCAUGUAGCCAAAGCAGAACCUCAUAGAAUCAAAGCCAGAGACUGUAUAUAUUUACAGCUUAGACCCUAAGCUACUGCAAGAUAACUUCUCUAUUUUUAACAAUAUAAAAUAACCUGUCUCAGCGUUGGGAUUGCGUCAGUAACUAUUAUUAUGGAAUAACCCAGAACAUUGAAUUUAUACCAACGAAUAGGCAAUAUUGAUACCAGUGUAUUAAUAAAUGUAUUACAAAUUAUUAAUACAUGUGAAUGUUUUAUUUGUAGACCUGGAAUGUGAAAUAAACCCAACACAUCAGUUUUUAAGUUCUUAUUGGUGUGGUGUCAUCUAAAUUAAUGUUAUAGAAUCUAAAAACGCAUGUUGAAAGGGAAUGAUGAAAACACCGUAAAUCGAAAUCAUAUGUCAUGCCUGUUUCGAGACUGGUGAAUGUUUAAUGCUCAUGAAAAUUGGGGGAGGGGGUUCUAGUAACACAAAGCUUCUGAGAUAUUUAAAAUAAAUAAUUAUUGCCCCAACA